UCAAUUAUUCCACCACCGUAACUAUCUUACAAUUUCAUGGCGAGUCUCUGUCUUUCAUCGUCCCGGAUCGUCUCUCUCCACCACCAGAAACCCUUUCUUUCUCUUAAACUCCGGUCUCGUCCUUCAGAUCUCUCCGGUCUAGGUCGCUGCACGAGUGCUGUUUCCUUCAAUCCUCUUAGAUUAUCAGGUGAUCGUCAGCGAACAUCAACGGUGUCGGUGAAGGUUGAGAAGCGGCGAAAGAGAGGAUCGAGUGUGGUUUGUUAUGCAGCUCCGAUUUCUGUCGAUAGUCUACAAUGGAUCUCGACCAUUUCUUGCCUUGCAUUGAUGCUUGCAAGGGGUACUGCUAUCCAUAAAUCUGUUGUUGUUCCACUAUUCGCUCUCCACGCACCAUCGAGCAUCAUCACUUGGAUAAAGGGAGAGUAUGGCGUCUGGGCAGCAUUCUUGGCGCUUAUUGCUCGACUGUUCUUCACUUUUCCAGGUGAACUUGAGCUGCCCUUCAUUGCAUUACUCUUCGUGAUUGUGGCGCCAUAUCAAGUUAUGAACAUAAGAGGGAAGCAAGAAGGGGCAAUCAUAGCAAUAGCAAUAUCUUGUUAUCUGGCUUUCCAACAUUUCUCACGAGCGGGGAGCUUGGAGAAAGCAUAUGAGAAGGGUUCAGUUCUUGCCACUGUAGCCAUAAUUGGUGUCACAAAACCCUUUCUCUCUCUUAAACUCCGGCCUCGUUCAUCAGAUCACUCCGGUCUAGGUCACAGUACUAGUGCUGUUUUCUUCAAUCCGCUAAGGUUAUCGGCUGAUCGUCAGCGAACCGCUACGGUGUCUACGAGGGUCGAGAAGCGGCGAAAGAGAGGAUCGAGUGUGGUCUGUUAUGCUACUCCGAUGUUGUCUGUUCAUAAUCUACAAUGGAUCUCGACAUUUUCUUGCGUUGCAUUGAUGUUUGCAAGGGGUACUGGUAUCCAGAAGUCCUUUGUUGUCCCACUAUUUGCACUACAAACACCAUUGGGCAUUGUCUCCUGGAUGAAGGGUGAAUAUGGCAUCUGGGCAGCAUUCUUGGCGCUUCUUACACGACUGUUCUUCUCUUUUCCAGGUGAACUUGAGCUUCCAUUCAUUGCAUUACUUUUGGUGAUCGUGGCGCCAUAUCAAGUUAUGACCAUAAGAGGGAAACAAGAAGGUGCUAUCCUUUCUUUAGCUAUCUCUUGUUUUCUGGCUUUCCAGCAUUUCUCAAGAGCAGGCAGCUUGCAGAGAGCAUUUGAUCAGAGUUCAGUUCUUGCCACUGUAGCCAUAAUUGGUGUCACAGUUGUAUCGUUCCUUUUCUUGAUAUAACUAUGCUCCUGACAAAAGGAACUUUCAUCUGUCAAUCACUGUAACAAUGUGUAUGAAGAGACCAGAAAUAAUAUGAUGCGUUUAUUUACUCGAUGCAAUACUCAAUUCAAUGUGCUUGCAUUUAUCCGCUCUCACUAUUUGCUGGUAACAGAUUGAUUUUUAGUCGCAUAUGAUUUCACAAUGAACUGGAUUUAAAAAC